AUGAACUUUAAUAAUAUUACAAGUAAAAUACUUUUCUUAAGACUUCUGUCGAAAAGAUUUUAUUCAAAAAUACCUGCAGUGCCAGUUGUUACAUUGGAAAAACAAAGCCCUAAGUUGAAAGUUGAUACAAACACUAUAGCUCUUUUGGAGAGACUUUCUUUAGUUAAAUGUGAUAAUGUAGAGGGAGUGGAAAUAUUAGAAGAUUCUAUAUCAUUUGCUGACAAAAUCCUUCAUAUAAAUACAGACAAUGUCGAACCACUAUAUUCAGUUUUAGAAAAUGAAAAUCUUAGUCUUCGUUUUGAUAAGAUAACACAAGGAAACUGUCAAACAGACAUACUUAAAAAUGCCACAGUAACUGAAGAUGAUUACUUUGUUGCCCCACCAGGCAAUAUUCCAUUACAUGAAGUACAUGAUAAUGAAUGUAACCAGUCUUUAAAGGAAAAUGAGAACUGA